UGGGGCGGUGGGGAGAAGAGAUACCGGGGAAGUUGACGGCUAUAUCUGGAGCUGGAGUUAUCCUCCUCCAGCACCUUCUCCCGUAAACGCCGGACCCCCGGGUAACACACACAGUGUUGCAGUUUCUGGGAGAUUGAGUUUGACAGAGGAGAGGGUCGGUCUCUUGCCUCCCGAGGGCAAGCGAUGUCCCUCCGCCGUUCGCCUGCCCCAGAUUCAACGGGGGAGUGUUGCUUCAACUGAUGUGUGGUCGUGUUGAACUUGUGGCCAUGGUUCGGUGGCUGUUGCUGCUCUCUAUCCUCGCUGGGAGCACUCCGGAUGACAUCAGUGGUUGUCCUAAGCACGGUGAAAUUCAUCCAGGAAAUGGCCAUUGCUAUUGGAUAAGUCAAGGGAAGGAGUCAUGGCAUAAUGCUCGCCAUACUUGCCAGGGCACACCUGGUGCUGACCUGGCCGUUGUCAACAAUGAGGAUCUACAGCAUUUCAUCCAGCGCCACUUUUCAAUGGUUAGCACGGCCUGGAUAGGGCUGAUCCGGAGCAGAGUUCCUGGGAGGCACCACUGGGUGGACGGCAGUCAGAUAGAUUCAUACCAGAACUGGGCAUCCUCCAAGGCACUGAGUGGGGACUGCGUUCGGCUGGAAUUGAACAAUAAAAGCCUUUGGAAGGGAUCACCCUGCAACAGUGAGAAUCACUUCAUUUGUGAAAAAACCCCAAGCUUCUCUCUGCAGAAUGUCAAUUACUUUCUCACGGGAGUACCGACCUUUAGUGGAACCUACAGUGUGAAGAAUGCCACGGUACUGACAGCCCCCACACUGCGUGGAACAUCGAUGGUUGAGAUCAUGCUGUUUCCCGGCCUGUGGUUCAGUCACUCAGGCUUGGUGAGCUCCAUUGAGUUUGUGGUGGAACCUUUGAAAAAAGCCACGCGGGUACAUUUCAAGAUAUUCAGGCCAUACUGCGCCCCAAGCUCAUUUCUCAUCCCUCCAGGCUGCGAGUCACUCCGGACGCCCUUCGCCAGCUGCCACAUGCGGCCUCUGUGUAACACCACUGGGGGAUGCAUGAGUGGGCAGCAGUGGUGCCACCUGAGGGAGCAAUGUCUGCCCAUCACCAGCCCCUGCAGCUCCUAUGCAUUUGAGAACAUCAGCACCAACAUCCUGCCUAUUGCCAGCCCCCCCAGGUACAGGGGAACACAACCGUUCUACUCACGGGUCGCAGACAUACCCAUGACAAUCACCUCCGACGUCAGCACCAUGCAGAUAAACGUGGUGCUGGGCGAUGAGGACAUCCACGUAUUUCCAGACGAUGUCGUCGGCCUUCAGCACGAUGCAGGCCCGGGAUCCCUCCUGCAUUGCUUGCCCAGCUCCGUGUCACCAUGGCGACAAAGCUACAUGGGGUUAGUGCGCCAGGGCUGGGCGGAGAAUUCACUGGAAGGUUUCCAGCCCGCGCGGCCCAGUCCCACCUGGGUGGACAGCGUUGUCUGCGACGUGCGUGUCCUGUACACAGACCAACUACAGGCUGUUGCUUUCACCCCAUCCCUUGACCCACACCCAGUAUCCCUGGGUAACCAGAAUACCCCAACAGUGACUGAUUGCUGUCCGCUCAACGCUCAAACAAAGAUUGCCGGGCUACGGAUCAUCUUCCCACAGCCCAUAGGCGAGACGAUCACGGUACCGACUCACGCCGAGACGGCCAUCGUGGUGAAGAUCCGUUCUGGCGGCCGUGCUAUUUCAUGGUGGGGUCCGCCAGUACGCCAGACGGUUGUCCCCUUCGAGGCCCACUGCCCUUUUGGCAUGCCCCAGUUCCUACCCGCCUGCCGCCGAGAGACAGGCGAUACCUGGUUCGCACAAGCCCGCUUUGCUGUCAGUCACCCGGGAAGCGAAGUCCUGAACAUCAGUGUGAACAAUGAGGUCAGCUCCCAGAACCUGUCCGUGGUGAUCCAGGCCCACGACACGAUCCAGGGCCUGCGAAUCGUGCCCAACCCCAGGCGCCUACUGGUGGAUGCUGCUCAGGUGUUUUCAGCAGAGGUUACCCUUGGCACUUCGAUUAUUUACACCUGGGUGAUCGAUGACCUGGCAAUCUUUUCCUACACCGGACAAGCCCACACUGUGAUCUUCAAACGUGCUGCCACCUACAGGUUGAAGCUGACUGCAGUGAACCCUGUGAGCAGGCAGAGUGUGACAACUGAGCUGGUAGCAGUCACCAUGCAUCCUCUAAUGGAUGCACAAUUUAUCAACGUGUCCAACGUGAUUCUUGUUAACCAGCCCCAACUCUUUGUUCUGAUGGUUAAAGCGGACAGCUUGGCAGACGUUACCUUCCGAUGGGAUUUUGGCGAUGGCAGUGCACAAGUGACACAUUCCACACACCCUCAACAUUCCUCCUCUCUCCCAGAGGAGGAAGCAGGUCCUGCAAGCGUCAACCUACAGGAUUACAUGACCUGGACGUACACUCAACCUGGUGACUACAGAUUGGAAGUGGAGGUGCUUGCACAGCAGAGCCAUGUGAGGAAGAGCCUUCUCGUGCACGCCCGCAGCCGCCUGUUAGAUCUCAGCUGCUCCCUGACUCCAGGACACCCCAGCAUUGGUGGUAUUGUUACAUUUGAAGCCGUCCCUCAGCCCUCUUCCCACGGAAUACUCUACACAUGGAGCUUUGGUGAUGGAGUUCGUGCAGCUGAGCGGCGGAAUGCCACUGUGUGCCAUCGCUUUAAGGAGAAAGGGGUUUACAACGUCUCGCUGGUGGCCAACAACAUGGCCGGCGCGGUGAGUUGCCACUUGGUGGUAAGGGUGGAGGAGGAGAUCAUUGGCCUGGUGGUGACCGUCAGUGGCCAGGGAGCAGUGGGCUCCCCAACGCUGGUGCACGCCCAGGCCUCGAGUGGGAGCAACAUCAUGUGGACCUUCGACAUGGGAGACGGGAACAUCUUCAGCAACCUGACCUCAGCCAGCCUCUCCCACACGUACACCACCGAAGGGACCUACAUCCUCACGGUCACUGCGAGCAAUGGCGUCAGCUCGGCCAGUCGGUCGGCGUCCGCGGUGGCCCACACGCUGAGGGUGACGGACAUCACGGGGCCGGACUGCGUGACCUUGGGGCGCCAAGCCUGGCUGGAGGCCCGGGUGUCCGGGGCGGUCAACGGCACCUGCUUCCGAUGGAGCUUUGGCGACGGCAGCCCCCCUCUGGUGGUGCUCGGCAACCCCAUGGCCCACCACACCUUCACCGAGGCCGGCACCAACACCGUGGCCGUGGUCGCCAACAACACCUACGCCUCGGUGCGCCGGCAGGCCGCCAUUUGUGUGCAGGCGCCCAUUGCCUCGGUACGCCUGCAGGCUGGUUGCCAGGCGACGCCGCUGAGGCAGCCGGUGCGGUUUGUGGCCGAGGUGGUCCCUCCGGAAGACGAGCAGCACCCGUACGAGUACCGGUGGGAUUUGGGGGUGUCGGGCCCUCUCCGCUCGGGCAGCAGGGAACUGACCUUCAACUACAGCCGGCCAGGCAUCUACCUGGUCACCGUCCACCUCCACAACCAGGUCGACCAUUCCAGCAACUCCUGCCGCCUGGCAGUGCAGGAGCGCCUUGGCGACUUCACCAUCUCUCAUGAGGGGCCCACCCAGCAACACCUCUCCUUGAACAAGACCUACGCCUUCCAUCUCAGGGCCACAUCGGGCACGAAUGCUACCUUCCGCUGGGACUUUGGUGACGGCCCUACCCGGGGACUGGGAUGGGGCCAAUCCCACGUUUACCGCAGCCCCGGCCCGUACACAGUGACCGUGGUCGGAGAGAACCUGGUCAGCCGCUUGGAGAAGAACCUUGUCAUCUGGGUGCUGACUCCCAUCGCCCAACUCAGCCUCAGCACCGAACAGUCAACGGUUGCAACUGGAGAGGAGGUGGUGUUUGUAACUAAGCAGAGUGCAGGCGAUGGGGCCUCUUAUUUAUGGGCAGUUCAGGGAUACAUUCCUCUGCAUCAGGGAACGUCCCACUUCAAGUACAAGUUCCAAGAGCCUGGUGUGUACCUUGUGGCGGUGACAGCAAGAAACGAAGUGAGUGAAGAAACUAAAACGAUCACCGUUCAAGCUGAGGAGAGGAUACGAGAUCUGGAGAUAUCCAGCAGAGACUUGAUUCAGGGCCAUUACUCUGCCGCCAAGGAAGCCUGCCAGUUGCAUGCACAUGCGCUCCAUGGCUCCAACCUGUCCUACCAGUGGACUGUUAGUCAAGGUCCUGUCACUGUAAAGACUGGUCAAGGUUCGACUGUGGUUUUUCAACCAGAGGAGGCCGGAAGCUACGUGGCAGUGGUGCUGGCUAGAAACGCCCUAGGAGAGAUCAAGCAGAGCAAGGAGAUCUUUGCCCAAGAGCGCGUUCGCGGAAUGGAGGUUAUAACGCCAACGCAUGAGGUAGCCGCUGGGCAAUUGGUGCAUUUGAAGGUGGCUGUUGUUUCAGGAACGGACUUGCAGUAUGAGUGGUCAUUUGAAGGAGAUCAGGAGCACAUCAGGAGCAACACGUCCUCACUCUCCUACCGCCCCAUGUCUGCAGGAACCACUGUGGUGACCGCAACUGCUUACAACAAGUUGGGGAGUGCCCAGAGCUCGCUGACAUUAAGGAUCCUGAAGCCCAUCUCCGGGGUGAACCACUCCAUCACAGAUGAGGCCCCUCCCUUCCUCCUUCCAUCCAAUGCCACCGCUCUCAUUCAGGACUUUGCCGACAAAGGCACCAAUGUAUCCUGGGAAUGGAGUCUCAUGGGGGACAAGGACAUCCGAUCCCGGCGCGAACACCAUACCAAGUGCACGUUCAGAGAGGUGGGCAUGUACCUGCUCUACUUCAACGCCUCCAAUGGAAUGAGCUGGGAGGAGGUCCACCAUAACAUUACAGUGAUGGAUACCGCCCAAGGCUUGGACAUAGUGCCAGACAAAGCGUCCGUAGAGGUUGGCCCGACCAUGACCUUUGUCCUUCGUGUCCAGCAGGGCAGUGGCGUGCGGUACCUCCUGUUCUUUCCCAACUUGAGCGUUGGUGUGUGGGUGCCCGGGCCCACCUGCCGGGUGGGCUUCUCGUCAGCCGGGUGGCACGACGAGACGACGAGGGACGGGGUCAGCGGCCAGGUGUUCUCCAGUUGGGUGAUGGAGAUGGAGGUGGAGGAGGAGGAGGAGGAGGAGAAGCAGAAGGCAGCCGGAGUGCAGCUGGUCAACUGCUGCCAGCCAGUGUUGGAAGCCCAGCAGGAGAUGAGGUUGAGCGCUGGCCUGCGGGCGGUGAACUACACGUGGCUCUUCCACAUGCCGGGCUCCCCGGACCGGCACCUGGCUGGAGCCAGUGUCUCCUACACUCCCGGCUACCCAGGCCUGCUGAUCAUCCAGCUCCGGCCCUCGGUCCAGCUCGAUGCUCCGGCCCUGACCCUGACCUUGCGAGUGCAGCUGCCGGUGGUGGCCUCUGGACUCUGGAGUGACCACUCCACUCUGUUGGUAGGUGAGGCUGCAACGUUCCACAUGGCGGUGGCUGAAGGCAGCGACGUACGGUACAGGUGGGACUUUGGAGACGGCCAGAGGACGUACACGGGACAGAGUGGCACAGCCCAGCACCAGUACCGGGCCGCUGGCCAUUACACUGUCCAUGCCCGGGCCUUCAACGACGUCAGCUUGGCGGCAGCCUGGGUAAUGGUGAUGGUGCACCGACUCGCCUGCCGUCUCCCCGCGGUCCGUCUGGUACGGCCGCUGCGCUCCCUCCCCCGGGCCCAGCCCAGUUACUUCCAGGCCGACGUGGACCUGAGGGGGUGCACGGCCUACCGGGCUCACUACCUAUGGGAGGCCUUCGAGGGGGCGGGCUGCCGAGGGCCUAAUCGCCUGGACCUCCCAGCGGUGGACACCAGCAAGCCUCUCCUGGCUCUGCCCCGGCUAGCUCUGCCCUUGGGCACACACUGCCUCCAGUUCACCGUGGCUCUAGCCAGGACCCCGUUACAGAGGAAGGUGGCGGCACUGGUCCAGGUGGUGCAGAGCAGGCUGGUGCCCAUCAUCAAUGGGGGUGCACAGAGAAGCUGGGCCUCUCUCCGCGACCUGGUGCUAGACGGCUCCCAGUCCUACGACCCAGAUUGCCCAACGGAAGAGGGGACCAGGCUGCUAUACCACUGGGACUACCAGAGCACGGAUCAGCCCACUUCUCUCUUUAUUCCCACUGCCAGUGGUGGUGGUGCUGCUGUCUCCAUUCCCGGGCGUAUGCUGGUGCCUGGUGCUACAUACACAUUCACACUGACUGUCAGCAAACCUGGAAGAGAGGAGGCCCACACCACUCAGAUGGUUCUGAUCCGAGCUGGAAAGGUCGCCGACGUGCUCUUGGAAUGCAUCUCCUGCCGUGUGCGCUGGAGCUACGGAGUGAGCAGGAGUAUGCACGUAACACUGGUUGGAAGAUGUGCAAACUGCAACAGCCAAUUACUGCACAAGUGGACAGUUCAAAGUUCUGAUGGCUACCCCUUGAUCCUGGACAACAAAAUCACCUCCACAGGAGACUGGAAUGCUGACCUGGUCAUUCGGCAGGGUGUUCUCCAAGAUGGAGUCAACUAUACCUUCACCUUGCACAUCACUGACCUUCAAGAGGAAAUCACAGGGUUCUCCAGCAUCAUUCUGAGCCCCAACUAUCCUCCUACUGGAGGCGUAUGCUCCAUCCAACCCGACCAAGCGCUCUACCUGCUAGAGACCCCACUUAGCUUUAAUUGCACGGGUUGGUGGGAUGAGGACGGAAGUGUGGAUCAACUAGUUUACACCCUGGUGGCUGUCACCUGCUCCAGAGACUCUGUUUGCGAAAGAUUCCAGCUGUACUGGGGCAUCAAACCCUCUUUCAGUGCGUUGUUGCCCGUGAGCUCCCUGGACAGGGCUACAGCAGUCAGUGUGAUCAUUGAGGUGGAGGAUGUAUUGGGUGCCCGCACUACUGCUGUCAACAGGACACUGAUGGUUCUGAUGCCAGAUCUCCCAUUAGGAUCACACCGAGUUGUCAAUUGGUUGAAACGUAAAAGCCAGUCAGAGUUAUGGGGCCUGGUUCAGCAGGGGAAUCCUGACAAAGUGAUCCAAUUCUCCAUCGCACUCAUCAGUGCCCUAAACCAGUACUCCAGGCAUCAUGGAGAAGUCCUGCGGGAUGGGAUCGCCAUCCGCAGUAACGUGACCUUGGCAUUGGCGACCCUGAAUGUCACCACGCUAGAGGAGGUGACGCAGGUCAGCGCUGGGCUAGCGCAAUGUGCGGCUUUUCCUGAUGAAUUUGUUCGGGGACAGGGGUUAGCGGAAAGUCUGAGGAUGAGCAAACAAAUGAUUGACAUCAUUGGGAAGAAGGCAGGUCAAGGGUCAGCCACACCCAUAGAAGCUGGAAGAAACAUCUUGAAAGUCUUAGGUGCUGCAAUGGCUGCAAUAGGUGCCAGUCCGAGAAAUGGUAAUGCUGCCGUGAGUGGUUUGGUCACUUCAGCUUUCAUCUUCAAGAUGACCAGCAGCCUCACCCAGUCCCUCAUGCGCUCUCGUGUCCUAAAUGAGGAGCUCCUGUCCCUGUCUGUCUCGGAGAUUGACGUGCAAGGGAAGAGAACAGACCCUUUCAACUUGCUGUGUGCCAGGCCUGGGGACCACUGCCACUUCCACGUCCCCCAGGUACUGUCCCGUCAGCUGUCGGAAAACCGCGAACUCGUCCAGGUCACAAUGAGCCUCAGGGUUAACCCCUUCCUGACUGGCACCGUCAGCAAUGGCAGCAUCUCCACCCGGCUCGGAUCCAUGGAGUUCAGCAGCCCACAGGGGCUCCCCAUCCCUGUCAGCGGCCUGUCCGCAGAGACCGCCAUCCGCGUCACGUUGCCGGAGGCACAGUACAGGAGGCACAGCGCAGUGACGAGGACCCUUGGACCCGGAGAGAACAUAAACGUCACGAUCCAGCCCAAGCACAGUAAUCGUGCAGCCGGGCUCCACGUCUGCCUGCAGUUCAUCCUCUUAGAGCUUGGUGGAGCCCAGGACCCAGUUCCUUUCAUUCAUGUCUAUGUUCACAAUGACUCCCGGUUUAAUGGGACCGCUGACAAAAUAGAAGUUGCAUUGCCUUCCGACACUGGCAGUCUGCGUGUUGAGCACACCAUCUUCCUAUCACCUGAGGUGUACGACACCACCAGCGAGGAGCUCAGUGUCACCAUCUCCAGCCACUUCUCCUCCGCUCCAGUAGCAGUUUCUGUCAUUGUGUACACCUCGCUGUGCCAGUACUUUGACCUCCAGAGCCUGCGGUGGAGGACGGACGGCAUCUUCCCCACACGCUGGACCAGGCCGGAGGAAGCAGUGUGCCUCACGCACCACCUCACUGUCUUUGGAGCAAGCCUCUUUGUCUAUCCAGGCGCCGUGCAGUUUCUGCCUCCUGUGAACAGUCCAGUGCGGAACUCGAUAGUUGCAAUCACCUGUGCCUUGGUCUUUGCUCUUUACAUCAUGGUGGCUCUCAUUGCCCACAAGCUGGACUACAUUGACAUCAACCGUGUCGGUAUCAUCCCUCACUGUGGGCAGCAUGGUCGCUACAAGCAUGAAGUAAUGGUGAAAACUGGCUGGUACAGGAACUCGGGGACCACGGCUCACGUAGGCAUCAGUCUGUACGGAUUGAACAAGAGUGGGUCCCGUCACCUGGACAAAGAAGGUGCGUUCCAAAGGAACGGCCUGGAUGUUUUUCAGGUGGAGACGGAUGCCAACCUGGGCGAGAUCUGGAAAAUACGAAUCUGGCACGACAACACAGGCUUAGACCCUUCGUGGUAUCUGGAGCACGUGGCCGUCUGGGACAAGCAGACGGACAGGAUAUACUACUUCCUAGCUCAGGACUGGCUCUCUGUGGAGAAUGAGAAGAAUGAAGGGAUGGUGGAGAAGGAUGUGUUGGCAGCAUGCCCGCAGGAGUUGCGCCGUUUCUCCCGCAUCUUUACUUCACAAUUGAAGCGUGGCGUGUCCGAGAAGCACAUCUGGCUCUCGGUCUGGGAUCGUCUGCCGCGGAGCCACUUCACUCGAGUCCAGCGAGUCACUUGCUGCACCCUCCUCAUGUACUUGUUCUUUACCGUGGGGGCGGUGUGGUACGGAGCCGUCGGAACCAAAAGCAGAAGGCUUCCUGUGGCAUACCUGGCCACUGUCACAGGUGAGACGGUGGCAGUCGGCAUUGUUCUGGCUGGUGCUGUGUUCCCCGUCCAUCUCUUCUUCACGUUCCUCUUCAGAAGAACCCGUAGCAAGGUCACUGUGGAUAACCCAGAACCGUCGACCAAAGAGACACAAUCUGUGGAAAUGGAUGUGUACCUGGACCCAUCUGAGCUUGGCCGCUCCUCUUUCCUCUCCAUCCCCACAGGCCUGGAUUCCAUUGUGGAUGAAAGCUCAGAGAGUUGUGAAUCUCUCGGGAGUAAACAGACGGAACCUGAUUUUGGAUUUGCUCAGCAGCUGGUCAGUGAAAGCUUUUGGAACAGUUGGCCAUCGUAUGACAGUCUUUUCAACAUCCCCGACCUCUUGAACCACGAUCCCUUCCAAAGUCAGAAUAAAGUGUUGAAGAGGAAGAAACCUUUGAUGAAAAGGGGGAGUAAGGCCUUUUCAUCUUCAGAUGAAGAUUCACUCUCCUUUUCCAUUUCAGACUCCUUUGACAGCAGGAGUUUGAAGCACCAUCAACUGACAGCAUCAGAUGAAGAUCUCAUGCUGAGCAUUGCAGCAGAGGCAAUCUAUAACGACAAGUCAUCAGACCAGGUGACUUCUGACAGUGGACAUUUCUCUCCAAGGACAGAGAUAGACCUUGUCUCUGAGAAUUUGGACUGCUCUCUCGGUACCUGGUCUGACUGUGGAGAGAGGAAACCGCAUCAGUCGCCUUCGUUCAUUUCAUCAAGAGGAAUGGCCAGCAGCUUCCUGACUAGCUUGGGGGCUACCAUCACAUGGGGCUCCGCCUCGUCCACUCGCAUUGGAAUCUCCAAGAGCCCAAGGAAAUGGCUCUUCCCUCAUUCAGUCCUCUAUGUAACGUACCUCCUGUGCUUCAUGCUCAUUGCUGCAUGUAUCAGUCUGACUAUCUCCUAUGGCAUGUUAUUCCCAAACCAUGUGGUGCUCAUGUGGCUGAUUUCUGCCUCCUUCUCCUUUCUGACCUCAUUUUUCUUGCUGGAACCUCUGAAGGUGUUGUGCGAAGCCCUAAUCCUUGCUCUGAUUACCAAGCCGGUGGAUCCUGAUGAGGAUGAUAAACUGGUCGAAGAACCUUUAGUUAAGAAAACCUCAGAAAGAAUUGGUAAAGUCCGAGCACCAUACGGCUACAGUCUCCUUCAAGCUAAAGAGGAAGCAAGGAAAGUGAGAGCAUUGUACACAAUGAUGAAGAACUGUAUUGUGCACAUGCUCUUCCUACUGGUGGUGCUCAUCAUCAACUACCAGGGAUGUACUCAAAACACCAACGCACGAUUUCUGCACACCGCCAUUCGACAGUCUGUUGUUGGCAGGACUCCACAUGCACCGAAAGUUGCUGCUAUUUGGAGGCCAACUGAUACCUGGCAGUGGAUAGGAAGGACAUUACUGCCUCACUUGUACAAUAACUCUAGGCUGACGCUGUUUGGAGUUCCACAGCUACGACAAGUCCGGUUACAAGAGGGUCAAUGGUCCCCAUGGGCUUACAGGCUAUUCUCUUGCAUUGAUCCUGAUGUUUUCUGCAGCCAUUAUAAUUCGCUAAACAACAAAACAAUGAAUGGGAGUAUCAAUCACACUUUGGCUUAUUCGUCUGCUAACUUUACAGGUGCAUGGUACACUGGAGAGGUGAAGACCCACAGCAGUGACCAAUAUACGCUGGAACUUGGGAAUAACUCGGAAGAAAGCAGUUCAAUUUUGAAGGACUUGUACCAGGAUGGCUGGAUGGAUGCAAUGACACAGACCUUGGUUGUUGAGUUCACCCAGUAUAGCCGGGAUGUGGAUUUAUAUGCAGUGGUGCAGUUAGUUGUGGACUUCCGACUUGCGAUACCUAUAGCACCAACCAUAGAUAUUAAACCUUUCUCUUUAUUGCGAUCAACCCAGGGAUUGGACCUAUUGGUUGUGUCCAUGGUGUUGCUUCUCCUCUUCAGCCUUGUUUUCUUGUGCACUGAAGCGGUUGCCGUGAGGAGAGAGGGUUUGUCUUACUUCAGAGAGGGCCAGAGGUACCUACAGCUCUUGGUCAUCCUUCUCUCUGCCCUCAUACCCACCUUCCACUUCAUCCGCCUCAGGCUGUCUGAAGUGCAGCUCGCCCGUUACAAGCAUGACCGUGGGGCAUUUGUCAGUUUCCACCAUGUCGCCCUGCUGUCUGAGAGGGUCACCAGCCUUGCUGCCUUGCUACUCACCAUCCUCACCAUGAAGACCGUAGGACUGCUUCGUUUUUUCCGAAGGUGGUGUGUGUUUGGGAAGACGUUCCAGUACAUGUUCCAAGAACUGACAGCAGCCACCUUAAUCUUCUUCCUGCUUGUCAUGGUCUAUGCACAAUGCGGCUACAUGAUAUUCUCUCCAGCACUGGAAGACUUUAAAACGUUUAGACAGACUGUGCUAGUUUUGGUUGCUUUCCCCCGAGGAGCUGAGGCUUUACAGCAUGCGGUUCACCAAUAUCCCACGACUGCAUCCGUCUACUUCAUCAGCUAUCUACUGUGUCUGGCAUGGAUUGUAAGGAACCUCUUCUGUGCCAUCACGAUCCAGAACUACAGACAUAUCCGAGCGGAAAUGUAUCGUCCUGCCAUCGAGCCGCAGGACUAUGAGAUGAUCGAGUUCUUCAUCAGGAGGUUCAAACUCUGGAUCGGACUCGCCAAAGGAAAGGAGUUCCGUCACAAAGUGAAGUUCGAAGGAAUGGAGUCUCUGCCAACAGGAAAUUCCCAAACGUCCAGAUUUUCCCAGUUGCCAUCUGCAAGCACCGAGUCCCACUUUUCCAACUGCACCAUGUCAUCUGGCUCCAUGCGAUCCGAGGAGUUGAAUCUUGCGGAGAGUCCGACCGCAGAGGUCCACGAUGUGGAGGUCUAUCUGGAUCGACUGCUGCCGACCAUCAAUAGUCUCCUCGAUCAGUUUGACCGUGUCAAUAAAGUCACCGACGACUUGUAUCGGAUUGAAACCGAUUUGGGGAACUUGCAGGACAGAAUUAAUAAGAAGAGGAGAGGGCAAGGCAUGAGAGCGAAAAGUAACGCUGAAAAAAGUACCAUCUCUCCGCCGGGCACACACCUCCUUUGGUCAAGAACACACAGUGCGAUCUCUGAAUCGGCAGUCUCCAGCCACCAGCCAAGCAGAGGGCCAGUUGGUGAAUAUUCCGCAGAGGUAGUUGGGUCAGUUCACAGGGACUUGACAAUUGGAUCUAGGCCUAAUGAUAACCCCAGACGAAAGGCCUGGCAGUCCGGUUUACCAUUGUCAGCAGGCAUCAGCCAGACGUCGUUACCAAGUUCGGGACUGCCUUCAAAACCCAGGCCCAGAAGUGAAGGGCAGGUUCGAGGACUGGAUAGGCAGCUGGCACCAGUAAAGAGGAGAGCAUGGCAUAGUGAGUGUGUAGAGGAAAGCCAUCAGUGAUUACACACAUAAACCAUUAGGAUGCUUUAUAGAACAUUAAAAGACAUGCAAUGCCACUGUUUAUGACGCAUCCCUUCACUGACCUAAAGCAAGAACUAAUUGAUAGUUUGUUCCGCAUUGAAAAGUUCAUAAGUUAUAGGAGCAGAAUAAGGCCCAUCAAGUCUACUCUGCCAUUCAAUCAUGGCUGAUCUAUCUUUCCCUCUCAACCUCAUUCUCCUGCCUUCGCCCCAUAACCUCUGACACCCGUACUACUGCUGGUCAGCAGCAGUAAUCAUUGGUUUGGUGCUGCAGUUUAACUUAUUCAUUUCACUAUUAUCGUAUCAUGGUUUGGGAGGACAUUGGGGUGGGUGCAGAGCAAAGGAGAAUUAUCAAAAGUUCCUUGCAGGACAGUCACAUGUUCUUAAAAUAGAUGGUCUUAAUGAAAUUGGGCUUAACCAUUCUUCAGUAACAAUUCAGGAGCGAAAGAAGUCCAAUAAAUACGAUAGUGUUAUUGGAGAUGUCAAGAAAACUAAAGACCUCAAAAACAUACAGGGAUAUAACUAGUACUCAGAUAUAACAAAGUCCUCAUUCAUAAUCGUGAUGGUUUUAUCUAGAAAAGUUUGGUAUGAGGUUAAAAUUAUGACAGAUCAACAAAAUACAGAGUGUUCUGGUUCUGGGACCACAGAUAGAAGUAAUUCAAUUGAAAUCAUUGCAGGAAUGGUUUUUAAUGUCAAUUCAGAUCAAGUCAUGGGCAGCAUGGCAGAGCAGCAGUAGAGUUACUGGCUUAUAGUGCCAGAGACCCAGGUUCGAUC